CAGCUUCGAUCCAUGACGUUGAUGUUCCACUCGCUUGGGAGCUCUCAUAGUCAUGGAUAUGGUAUUUAUUCAAUCCCUCCACUAACUGGACUAGUCGACAAAACCUGGCCCUUAAACCUGUUUCUUCCUUCAACCUCGGUCUCUCUGCUUCUCUCUGAGACCCAGAAACAGCAUCAUGGGAGACCGCAAGGAAGACAUACGAGGAGAAGAGGAAGGUUGUAAGAAAAUUCCAAAGUUGCCUAUACCUGGGAAGAGGAACAUACUCAUCACAAGCGCUUUGCCUUACGUCAACAACGUCCCUCAUCUCGGAAACAUCAUCGGCUGUGUUCUAAGUGCCGAUGUGUUUGCUCGAUAUUGCCGUCUUCGUGGCUACAAUGUGAUAUACAUAUGUGGAACUGACGAGUAUGGAACAGCAACAGAGACAAAGGCUAUGGAGGAGAACUGUACCCCACAAGAGAUUUGUGACAAAUACCAUGCAAUUCAUAAGGAAGUCUACAAUUGGUUCGACAUUAGUUUUGAUGAAUUUGGGCGCACAUCAACUCCUCAACAAACUGAUGUUUGCCAAGACAUUUUCAAGAAACUGAUGGAGAACAAUUGGCUGUCUGAGAACACAAUACAACAGUUCUAUUGCGACAACUGCAAUCGAUUCUUGGCUGAUCGGCUUGUGGAAGGCACCUGCCCAUUUCCAAAUUGUAAUUAUGAUUCUGCACGUGGAGACCAAUGUGAAAAGUGUUGUGAGAUGCUAAAUUCUACCGAACUUAAAGAUCCUAGGUGUAAGGUAUGUCAGACAACUCCACAAAUUCGUGAUACGAACCAUUUAUUUCUAGAGCUCCCACUGCUGAAGGAUAAAUUGGAGGAAUAUAUCAAUGCCAUGUCAGUUGCAGGGUCUUGGAGCCAGAAUGCCAUUCAAGCCACAUAUGCAUGGCUUACAGGAGGCCUGAAGCCCCGAUGUAUUACCAGGGAUCUUAAGUGGGGGGUUCCUGUUCCACAUGAGAAAUUUAAGGAUAAGGUUUUCUAUGUAUGGUUUGAUGCACCUAUUGGUUAUAUCUCAAUCACUGCAUGCUACACACCUGACUGGGAGAAGUGGUGGAAGAACCCUGAAAACGUGGAGCUGUAUCAGUUCAUGGGAAAGGAUAAUGUGCCAUUCCACACUGUGAUGUUUCCAUCCACACUUCUUGGAACAGGAGAAAGCUGGACGUUGAUGAAGAGCAUUAGUGUGACAGAAUAUUUAAACUAUGAAGCAGGAAAGUUCUCUAAAAGCAAGGGCACGGGUGUUUUUGGCAAUGAUGCGAAAGGUACCAACAUUCCCCCAGAAGUGUGGCGAUACUACUUGCUGACUAACAGACCGGAGGUCUCAGACACAUUGUUUUCAUGGACAGACUUGCAAACAAAACUAAAUACCGAGCUACUGAAUAAUUUGGGCAAUUUCAUUAACAGAGUACUGAGUUUCAUUGUCAAACCUCCAGGACAAGGAUAUGGAUCUAUCAUUCCUGAUGCACAAGGGGCAGAAUCACAUCUCUUGACAAAAACAUUGGCAGAAAAAGUUGGUAACAAUGUGGACCAAUAUGUGGAGGCAAUGGAAAAGGUAAAACUUAAGCAGGCAUUGAAAAUCGGAAUGAGCAUUUCAAGUGAGGGGAAUGCAUAUCUGCAAGAGAGCCAGUUCUGGAAGCUAUACAAGCAAGACCAAGCUUCCUGCUCUGUUGUUAUGAGAACUUCUGUAGGGCUGGUUUAUCUUCUUGCAUAUUUGUUAGAACCUUUCAUGCCAUCAUUUUCUGUCAAGGUGCUAAAGCAGCUUAAUUUGCCUCCCGAUAGAACACUUUCUCUUUCCGACGAAGCUGGAGAUCUUGGAAAGGCAAGAAAACCUUGGGAAGUUAUACCUGCUGGUCAUAAAAUUGGGACACCAGAUCCUCUGUUUAAGGAAAUGAAAGAUGAGGAUGUGGCAUUUUUUCAGAUGAAGUUUUCUGGAAGACAAGCUGAUAGGGCUGUAUAAAUCACAGAGGCUGAAUCAAGGAAUUGCCAAGAAAUUACAAAGACAUGGAAAGUUUUCCGGAGGAAGGUUUAUUGUGAAGUUGAAGUCAAGCUGAUAUGGUAGUAAAAGGCAGGAGUUAAGUUGAAAGAAAAUAGCAGUGAGCAAUAAGGGAAAAGACAAAACAUGUUUGAUCUGUUUUUCCUGUUACAUGGCCGGUACUCUAAUAGACAUUGUUGAUAUCCAAUAACACUGUCAUACCAGAAUGUUUGGAAGCUCACCCCAUACUACUUGAAAAUUUACUGUUUAUAAUGUUAUCUUUAUUAUAGAUAAUCUGGUAAAUGACAACUGUGAUGUAAUGGAAUUGGAGCUCUCUCAAUGAUAAAUAGCCUCACAGGA